GGUGGAACUGGUGUAUUUGAUCCUAGCUAUGCAAUCCAAGUACAGUAAAGAGUCACCUUAAUGGGUUGCAUAUAAACCAGGUCUGACAGAGGCACUGAGGCACAGAAGGCACAUCGCUCCGGUCUAGUGUUAGUCAAGCCAAAGGUACAGUGAAGACUCAGAAUGGAAAUCACCGACGUUCUCUCUGUCGCUGACAUCAGUAGCGCGUUGAAGGAAUGUCAAGCCAACGAGUCCUUCAACUGCAAGAGAUUCUUCCGGACCUGUGGCCUGUCCAAAAAAACUGCGGAAGAAAUCAGAAAAGUGUUCCAGGCAAUUGACGAUGAUAACAGUGGUUUCAUCGAAGAAGAAGAGUUAAAAUUUUUCCUGCAAAGAUUCUCAGCUGGGGCCAGAGUCCUCAGUGAUAAUGAAACCAAAAUAUUCAUGGCUGGAGGUGAUAAAGAUAGUGAUGGGAAACUUGGUGCUGAAGAAUUUGUUGACCUAGUUCUAUCAUAGAUUCUCCCAGGAUGGCAUCUCUUCCAGUGUUUGAUUGCAAGGGUAUAUUAAAUGCAAAGCUCCUGUUUUCGUGACUGCAGGCAUGAGCAACAUUUUUCUGUUGUAAUGACGAGAUCGUAGAAGUGGUCAGAGAUUCAGAUGGAGCCCACUAUUUGAGCUAUAGCUUGCUCUGUAAAGGAAGAUUGCCUUUGGAAGAUUAAUAAAAAAAAGCUUGCCUUGUA